AUGGACAUAGUAAAUCUCAAAAUGGAGAAAGCCAACGCGAUCAAGAGGUACCGUCGGCUUCAAAAGAUCACAGCUCUGCUCCGGUUCUUCGAGCUAUGCGUGGUUUUGAUCUUGAUCCCCAGGUUUUCCACUCAAUUGCCGGUCAUUUCCAGACUCUCUGGUGAGUAUUUCCGGGGACUAUCAACCACCCUUUUCAGUCCUCGCUUCGUUUUCAUCAUCGGAAAUGCAAUAGUCAUCACUCUUUUGGUCAAAUCAGGACAUCAUUCGAAUUCAAGUAGUACUAGUACUGUUCAAGAUGACAGUACUAAAAUUAACAGCAGCAGAAUAUAUGAUCUCUGCAAUGAUGGUGUCGAAAAGAAUCGGAAUAGUGAUCGAGAACAGAGCACGUGCGUUGAGGUUCCGACUAUGUUGAAUACAUGUGAGUUUGGUUCCAAAGAAAGGAAGAUUGUUAGGAGUCACUCAGAGGAGUACUUUGUGGAAGCGAAAGGUGGACGUGAACUGAGGCAUUCCGCGACGGAGAGAUGCCCGAAGAGUGUGAAUUAUGGUGAGAAAGCGGCAGUGAUGGAGGAGGAAAUGAGCAGCGAGGAGUUCCGGAGGACUGUGGAGGCUUUCAUUGCCAAGCAGCAGAAGUCUCUGAGGGAAGAAGUGGUUUUGUUUGAAUGA